AUGGAUGUGGGGGACGUGAAACGCAUUUCUAGGAAAUUCAAGCACACAGAAAACACAAACAAGAGGAAGAAUCAAAGAGGACGCGGACAUCCGCUGAAGCAACGUUUUCGUUUCUUUGAGACUCGCCUGUGCCUGAGCCAUGAACCGCUUCCACCAGCUGUUCGGGGGUGUCCGAUUUGCUGUUAUCGGCAUGAUCCAUGUUGCCGCACUGCCAGGUACCCCGAUGUAUGCAGGAUCACUAGAAAAGAUAAUUGCCAAGGCAUGUAAGGAUGCUGAAAUUUACGCCAACAGCUCGGUGCAUGGUGUGUUGUUGGAAAAUAUGCAUGAUAUCCCAUACUUGCGCCACCAACAUCUUUCUCCUGAAACAGUAGCAGUGAUGACACGUGUUUGUUCUGAAGUCCGUAAAAUUAUUCCUAACCAGAUUCCUUGCGGUGUACAGGUGUUGGCGGGGGCAAAUCAAGAAGCAAUUGCAACAGCCCAAGCAUCAAACUUACAAUUUGUCCGCUGUGAGGGUUUUGUUUUUAGCCAUGUUGCUGAUGAGGGUUUCAUUGAUGGCUGUGCUGGCCAGUUAUUGAGAUACAGAAGAUUUAUUAAUGCAGAGCAAAUACAAAUUUUCACAGAUAUAAAGAAAAAGCAUAGCUCCCAUGCAAUUACAGCAGAUGUUAGUGUAGAAGAAACUGCACAUGCAGCAGAAUUUUUUUUAAGUGAUGGACUUAUAAUAACAGGUGUUGCAACAGGUCAUGCUGCAGAUGAAGACCAAGUAAAAGGGGUUGCAGCUCAUACCUCAUUACCUGUUUUAAUUGGAUCUGGCAUAAAUAUACAAAAUUUACAGAAAUAUCUUCCUUAUGCCAAUGGUGCUAUCGUUGGCACUCAUUUCAAAGAGAAUGGAAAGUGGACAAUGCCUGUGUCAAAGCAACGGGUCGAUUCUUUCAUGGAAAAACUGAAAACUUUGGAAAUUUCAUGACCAAUCAGUUCACAAUAAAACAGUUCCAAAAAAGAGCUUAAUAAUAAGAACCAACAAAGCAAAGAUUUUAUCCUUGAUUUGUUGUAUUGGUAAGUUUUUAAUAAAUUAUUAAAAUUCAGUCAA